AUGACAACAUUUGCUUUGCUUUUGACAAUAUGGUUGAAGAAAGAGAAAAGAUACAUAAAUAUUUCUUUCGAGUAUUGUUCACAAAGAAAACAAAUCAUAGAAGACAAGACUUUAACAGCGAGAGAUAAUGGGAUUCAGGAAGUGAAUUCUGAUUACGUCGAGUGUUGUUCCACCCCAAAUGCUUCGAAUUCGCAAUCUAGAUCAAACAUUUCGAAUGAAUGUCAAACGAGCAGUAACGUGAAGACUGUUACGGGGACUGAAGAUUUCUUGGGUUUGAAAUCGUUUAAUUAUGCAAAUUACAUUGUGAAGCCAUGGGCAAGGCAAAGCGACACAACUUUUGCUGAACUGGAAGCGUUAAAUAUAAAAUCUCCUAAAACGUUAAAGAGAUUUGAAGCAAAUUUAAUUAAUUAA